AUGGACGACACCGUACCCACACGCCCCUCGGUAGAGAAGGUCGAAGAAGGCCCCGUCCUCCGCGACUCUGCCUUCGCCGACGGCACCUAUCACCAGUCCCAACUCUCCCCCGACGCCGUCAAGUCCGGGUUGUUUGCCCGUCCGGACCCGGUUUUGGCAGAAGCCGUUAACAAGGACGCCGAUACUGUGGACUUUACCGAGGCUGAGGAGAAAGCCGUCCGGCGUAAGAUCGACAAGCGAGUUCUUACCCUUGUGAUUCUUAGCUACGUCUUCAAUCAGUUCGACCGGACGAAUAUCGGAAACGCCCAUGUCAUCACCGAGUUCAAUGAGAACUUCGGAGUCACGAGCAACAGCAAAUGGACGGUUGCGCUGAGUAUCUUCUAUGUUGGCUACUGCCUCCUUGAAAUGCCCGCGAAUGUGCUUCAACGUCACAUAGGCGCGAACCGAUUCUUCUUCAUGUCCAUGGUGUUCUGGGGCUUUUCGUCUCUUUCAUUUGUGUAUGCUAAAGGCUAUGGUGCCUUGCUCGCUCUCCGAGUGCUUCUUGGCAUCGGCGAAGCCGGCUACUAUGCAGGAAUGAUCUACUAUCUGUCGUUCUGGUACAAACGGUCCGAGUUGGCUUUGCGCGUUAGUCUCUGUAUGACAGGAACGCUUCCCGGUGCUAUCGGUGGCUUGUUGGCCUUUGGCCUCGUACGCGCGCACACCCCGCUCUUGAAAGGGUGGCAGUUCCUCUUCCUCAUCGAGGCCAUCCCAACGCUCAUCAUGGCGGUUGCACUCCUGUUCUUCCUCCCGUCUUUCCCCUUUGCCUCCUCCUUCCUCUCGCCCCGCGAGCGCGCCAUCGCGCAGGCGCGUCUCAAUCGCGAUCACCGGCCGACAUCCCACGGCGGUAUGACUGGCUGGGAAGGCUUCAAGGCGAUCGUCAAUGACCCACACUCGUGGAUGCUCGUCGUUGUUUACACUAGUUUCAACAUGGGCGUCGCGACCAUCUCCUACUUCCUCCCCACACUCAUCAAGGAACUCGGCUUCGACUCCCUGUCUUCUCAGGGCCUCACAGUCGCGCCCUACGCCGUUGGCUGGUUCAUGGUCGUCUUCCAAGCCAUGCACUCCGACCGCACGCGCGACCGCGGUUACCACAUCAUGCUCUCCACCGGGCUCGCGACGAUCGGGUACAUCAUCCUCGCCGCGCUCGCCACCAAGGGUAACGCGAGCAACUACAUCGGCGGACGGUAUUUUGCCCUAUUCCUCGUCGUCGGCGGCCUCUUCAGCCUGUUCCCGCUCGUGAUGAGCUGGGCGGCGAACAUCUUCUCGCCGACGAGCAAGCGCGGCGUGGGCACCGCGUUCAUCGUGUCGAUCUCGAACACCGUUUCAAUCGCCGCGCCGCAGAUCUACUUCGACUCGAAGGAAAACUUCCAGAAGGGCCACGCGAUCGCAGCCGGAUGCGUCUUCUUGUCCUUCUGCGCGGCGUUCGCGCUCCGGACGCGCCUCGCGCACAUGAACCGCAAGAACGCGGAGAAGGUGCGCGAGAUGGGCCUCGAGCGCGAGAAGCCGGCGCAGGGCGCGAAGGAGGAGGUGUGGGACAACGACCCGCGCUACGUGUUCAUGACCUGA